CUUUGGGAGCGACGCGCGAAAGCCUCAAGGCAUAUGAGAAAGACGCUGUACCACCGACGAACGUGGGAAACUCGGGAUAGGACAUGCUGGUGCUUCGUUUAGGAACGUUGUCCUUUCUUCUCGCAACCUUGCUCAAGCUUUGAUUUCCCUUCACCAAUUUCUAUACCGACAAUUAUCCUCAUCCCAAUAUCACAGCAUAACGCACACUAAAAGUCUAUCACUAAAUCACCAUGUCGUCUGAGUCAUGGCCUCCACCACUGAAAGAAUGGGUAGCACGAUGUCUGGGGCAAAUGACAGAUGCUAAUAGGGCAGAGGCUCAGGCUGAGCUGAGAGAGUCAAUUGCUAACGCUUUCGCUGAAAAGACUCUGUGGACAACCGACUGGGCUGGUGUACAAUUAAAAAGUCUGAUGCCCAAAGCUCCCCCGGUGCUCAAUACCCUCAAGCGCAAAAUGAAUGACACUCCACCGAUGAGCAAGAAAGCAAAGAAAGCUGCGGCGCAGAAGCGCAAUGAUGCCAACCUCGACUUCGGGGAUCAGGCGGCUCUUAAUCGCCGAGCCGAACGUUUUCAGCGGGAACACGAUAUAGAGCGACAGAAGAGUAUGCGUGGUCAGGCCUCUCUCCAGGCUAAUAAUCAGAAUGCUCACCUCUUCAACCGGAUAUCGCGUUCUGACUCGCCGAGUGCCUUUGGUACUAAUCCUGACGACCCUGAGGCGGAUCCCAACGUGCUUGACUGGGAUAAGUAUACAAUCGUUGGGACGAAUCAGGAGUUAUUUAAGGACUAUCUGCGCCUUACCUCAGAACCAAAACCAGAAACGAUCCGCCCAUACUCAGUUCUCCAACAGACACUCGUCGAACUCAAGAAGCGCUGGAAGGACAAGGUGUCAUAUAAUUGGAUAUGUAAUCAGUUCAAGAGCCUGCGGCAAGAUCUCACCGUGCAACGAAUAAAAAAUGAGUUUACAGUACAGGUAUACGAGAUCCAUGCACGCAUGGCACUCGAAAGCGUAGGUGCUGGAUCUUUUAUACGGCUUACAGCUGAUCUGCUGCUGCAGUCGGACAUGGUAGAAUAUAACCAAUGUCAGGCGACACUUAAGAAUUUAUACGACCUCGGCAUACCAGGCAAACACGAAGAAUUUACCGCCUAUCGUAUUCUCAUGCUCCUGCAUGGACGGAAUAAAAGCGAGCUUAAUCUCUACGUAGGUACGCUAACACCACGACAGAAAAGGGAUCCCGCAGUGCAGCACGCACUUCGGGUCCAGCGCGCUAUCUCCAUGGGCAACUACCAUGCUUUGUUUGAGAUGUAUUUCAAUGCACCAAACAUGGGGGCAUAUAUUAUGGAUUAUUUCAUUGAUCGGGAGAGGACCAGGGCGUUGAUGACUAUGACAAAAGCAUACCGCACAAUAACAGUGUGCUUCAUCCAGAAUGAGCUCGGAUUUGAAUCAGUGUCAGACACACUCAAGUUCUUAGGAACGCACGGUUCUGCCUUUUUCGUCAACCCGAACGCCCUCGAUCGGGACAGGACGGUUGAUUGUAAAUCUGCUGCACCACAGUUGGCACAGGUUUACGAGGAGAAAUACCGCAAGGUUGGGAUCAAGGGUGCAAUAUAGUUUGCCUCAUGCACACUGGCGCAUCCCCCUUUCUGCUUCCAACAUCUUCCUUACCGCUCUUAUCCUCCUGCAUCGCUCCCUGCAUCACCUGUCCGUCUUUUCCGUCCGAUUCACAUGUCAUCAACUUCAUCUUGUCCGCUCGAUCUCACCUGGAUGGU